GUUGUUGCUAAUUUCUAGACAGCCAUUUUUAAGUCUUGACAUAGAUUUUCAAGCAGAUUUAAGUCAAAACAAUGUCAUCAUGGUAAACAACUCCAGUGUAGAUUUGGCCUUGUGUUUUAGGUUAUUGUCCUGCUGAUAGGUGAAUGUCUCCCAGUGUCUGUAGGAAAGCAGACUGAACCAGGUUAUUGUCCUGCUGAAAGGGGAAUUUGUCUCCCAGUGUCUGUAGGAAAGCAGACUGAACCAGGUUAUUGUCCUGCGGAAAGGAGAAUUUGUCUCCCAGUGUCUGUAGGAAAGCAGACUGAACCAGGUUUUCCUCUAGGAUAUUUAUUGUGCUUAGCUCCAUUCCAUUUAUUUUUAACAUAGAAAACUCCCUAGUCCCUGCUGAUGACAAGCAUACCCAUAACAUGAUGCAGCCAUAAUUGUGCUUGAACAUAUGGAGAGUGGUACUCAGUAAUGUGAUGUAUUGGUGAGUGGUACUCAGUAAUGUGUUGUAUUGAAGAGUGGUACUCAGUAGAGUGUUGUAUUGGAGAGUGGUACUCAGUAAUGUGUUGUAUUGGAUUGGAGAGUGGCACUCAGUAAUGUGUUGUAUUGGAGAGUGGUACUCAGUAAUAUGUUGUAUUGGAGAGUGGUACUCAGUAAUGUGUUGUAUUGGAGAGUGGUACUCAGUAAUGUGUUGUAUUGGAGAGUGGUACUCAGUAAUGUGUUGUAUUGGAGAGUGGUACUCAGUAAUGUGUUGUAUUGGAGAGUGGUACUCAGUAAUGUGUUGUAUUGGAGAGUGGUACUCAGUAAUGUGUUGUAUUGGAGAGUGGUACUCAGUAAUGUGUUGUAUUGGAGAGUGGUACUCAGUAAUGUGUUGUAUUGGAGAGUGGUACUCAGUAAUGUGUUGUAUUGGAGAGUGGUACUCAGUAAUGUGUUGUAUUGGAGAGUGGUACUCAGUAAUGUGUUGUAUUGGAGAGUGGUACUCAGUAAUGUGUUGUGUUGGAGAGUGGUACUCAGUAAUGUGUUGUAUUGGAGAGUGGUACUCAGUAAUGUGUUGUAUUGGAGAGUGGUACUCAGUAAUGUGUUGUAUUGGAGAGUGGUACUCAGUAAGGUGUUGUAUUGGAGAGUGGUACUCAGUAAUGUGUUGUAUUGGAGAGUGGUACUCAGUAAUGUGUUGUAUUGGAGAGUGGUACUCAGUAAUGUGUUGUAUUGGAGAAUGGUACUCAGUAAGGUGUUGUAUUGGAGAGUGGUACUCAGUAAUGUGUUGUAUUGGAGAGUGGUACUCAGUAAUGUGUUGUAUUGGAGAGUGGUACUCAGUAAUGUGUUGUAUUGGAGAGUGGUACUCAGUAAUGUGUUGUAUUGGAGAGUGGUACUCAGUAAUGUAUUGUAUUGGAGAGUGGUACUCAGUAAUGUGUUGUAGUGGAGAGUGGUACUCAGUAAUGUGUUGUAUUGGAGAGUGGUACUCAGUAAGGUGUUGUAUAGGAUUUGCCCCCAACAUCACACUUUGUAUUCGGUCAUAAAGUGAAAUGCUUUGCCACAUUUAUUUUUAAACAUUUGUAUUCUGUACAGGCUUCCUUCUUUUCACUCUGUCAAUUAUUAUUAUUAUUAUUAUUAUUAUUUCACCUUUAUUUAACCAGGUAGGCUAGUUGAGAACACCUUUAUUUAACCAGGUAGGCUAGUUGAGAACACCUUUAUUUAACCAGGUAGGCUAGUUGAGAACACCUUUAUUUAACCAGGUAGGCUAGUUGAGAACACCUUUAUUUAACCAGGUAGGCCAGUUGAGAACACCUUUAUUUAACCAGGUAGGCUAGUUGAGAACACCUUUAUUUAACCAGGUAGGCCAGUUGAGAACACCUUUAUUUAACCAGGUAGGCUAGUUGAGAACACCUUUAUUUAACCAGGUAGGCCAGUUGAGAACACCUUUAUUUAACCAGGUAGGCUAGUUGAGAACACCUUUAUUUAACCAGGUAGGCCAGUUGAGAACACCUUUAUUUAACCAGGUAGGCUAGUUGAGAACACCUUUAUUUAACCAGGUAGGCUAGUUGAGAACACCUUUAUUUAACCAGGUAGGCCAGUUGAGAACACCUUUAUUUAACCAGGUAGGCUAGUUGAGAACACCUUUAUUUAACCAGGUAGGCCAGUUGAGAACACCUUUAUUUAACCAGGUAGGCCAGUUGAGAACACCUUUAUUUAACCAGGUAGGCUAGUUGAGAACACCUUUAUUUACCCAGGUAGGCUAGUUGAGAACACCUUUAUUUACCCAGGUAGGC